AUGGCAAAGCCUAAUAACCAUAUUCCUCAAGAUAUCACAGAUCAGAUACUUCCAUACUUGCCAGUGAAGUCCCUGAUUAGAUUCAAGUGCGCGUCCAAGUCAUGGAGGUCUUUGAUCAGUAGCCCUCCUUUCACCAGAAACCACUUCGAAAGAGCAUCUUCCCAAGACCCUAAAAUCAUUGCUCAGAAGAUUCUCAUCGUAUCACUCCCUUGUGGACUCAAGUCCUUAGACUUGGAAAAAUCUUUAUUUGACGAUGAAGAUGCAAUGAUAAGCCUUCGUUUUCCACCAAUCGAACCUUGUAAUCGUGUUAAAAUUCUGGGUUCAUGCAAUGGUUUGGUGUGCUUAAACCUCGACAAUGAUGCCAGUACUUAUACUGGUUCUGGUUUUGGUUAUGAUUCAUCCUCUAAUGAUUACAAGCUGGUGCUUGAGAUUGAUAGAAGACUUGUGAUUUUUUCACUGGCGAAAAGUUCAUGGAGCAUGAGACAAGAUAGAUGGUGGCCUCGUUCAGCAAUUGGAAAAGGGGUGUAUAGCAAUGGAGCUCUCCAUUGGCAUAUUUUUAAUGGAAUCAUUUCGUUUGAUCUAAAGACGUAUAUAUUUGGUUAUGUCCGAAAGCCCGAUGCUAAGCUGUUCCGCCAUAAAUGGAGGUUAUUUGAAGCUGAAAAAAUAUUUUGUGGAAGUUGCAUGGACAAGUUCAAGAACUCCUUGGAUUUUGAGUUAUGGAUGAUGAAGAAAGAUGGCGUGGAGGGAUAUUGGACUAAGGUCCUUACCUUUCAACAUUUUUAUGACUUCUAUUGUUUCUUCAUUAACUUCUUGAACAAGAAUUAUUCAGAUGGCAAGGAUGAUUUUGUGACAGAAAAUAGUAAAGAUAUAAUCAGGUGUGAGGGUGAAGGAGGAAUAGUAAAAAAAAUAAGGAUUCACAGUUGUCCAAAACAGUAUGAAUCCAAGAGCCCCAAGAAUUCUCCAUACUUCUGUGAUGCAAUUGCAUACGAGGAGACUCUAGUUUGGCCGAAUGAUCUGUCUAAUAAUUUCUCAUAA